AUGUUUCGUCGACCCUUCUACGACCGCGAGGCGCCUGUGCAGCCACCUCUCCAACCGCCCCUCAAAAAGCUUCUUGAGCCGCUUUCCCAGCCCGUCUUCCAGCCGGUUCUUCAGCAGCCUCUCGAGCAACAGCAGCCGCCAAGUUGCCGGUGCUUCACACUGAUACAGUUAUAUCUCUGCGGCUGCCCGGACCAGGGCUGGGAUAAGAACGGAUAUCCUAUCCCCUCAGUGCAUAAAUGCGAAGUGCACUGGCUCCCUUGGAUAGUUCAGGCCGUGUUCAACGCUCUAGGCUUUAAGCACAACCACGACAAGCCUCCCCACUCACCCGAGAUCCGGGUCCUGCCCUUCCCGUGCUUCAAGCACCAGGAGCAGGCCAAAACCUAUAUCACGCCGCAGCAACUCGAGGAGGCCAAGGCUUGCGCGCUCGACGGCAAAGAAAAUCGGAUCCAAGCCGAAAAGAUGAACAAGCGCAUCAAGAAGACGCUCGACAUGGCGCGCGAGAGAAGGACGAUUGAGGGCAGCAGAAAACUAACCACGAGGUUAAUGCGAGAGGCUCGUCUGAGUGAAAGAAUGCGAGAGGCUAGCCCGAGCGAAAGAAUGCGAGAGGCUAGCCCGAGUGAAAGAAGGCGAGAGGCUCGUCCGAGGCCCUUUGGCAUAGACAACAGCAACUCCAGCGACAGCAGCGACAGCAGCGGCGGCGGCGACGACAGUGACAGCAGCGGUGGCAGCGACGAGACCUACAGCAGCCUGAACAGCUCCAGCAGCUUCGACGGCUUCGAAAGCGACGGCGGCGACGACAUGUGGGACUACGUGCGGGAGGAGCACAGCAUCGAUCUGUACAAGCUCGACGCGGCGCCCUUAGCUAGGGCGACGUGGGCGCGGCCGCCGCGCGCGCUGUGGGACAACGGAAACCCCUUCUACCCCAUGUACGAUCAGCCGGCCAACCGCGGCUACGACGGCGGCGCGUACGCGCUGAACGACCUCGUCAUCCGCCAGGCCCAGCACAACAACUGGUAUCACAAAGACCCCCAGGAAACCUGGCGCAAGCACGCAACCACGGACCCCACUCUGCUGCACAUGUAG